AUGAAGCUCUCCAACGUCUUAUCAAUGGCUUUGGCCAGUACUACCGGCGCAAAGAGCAUAGGGAAGCCUAAUGAAGUAGACGACCUCGCUGCCGAAGGUCUACAUCGAAUGCAGGCCUACUACUCUGAAAACCCACUACCGAGCCCCGAAAAAUGUACACUCGACAACGUAGCCGUUCGUCGGGACUGGUCAGCAUUGAGCAAACAAGAAAGACGCAGCUACAUCAAAGCCGUGAAAUGCCUAGCGAAACUGCCAGCAAAGACACCCGCGGCCAUCGCAUCAGGAGCAAGGAGUCGAUACGAUGAUCUCGUCAUCACCCACAUACAGCAGGCGUUCACAAUCCAUGGAACGGCUAAUUUCUUGACAUGGCACCGAUACUACACGUGGGCUUUUGAACAGAUGCUGCGAAGUGAAUGCGGGUACAAAGGGUAUCAGCCUUACUACAACUGGGGCCACUGGGCAGACAACCCAAAAGCCUCCCCCUUCUUCGACGGCAGCGACACCAGCAUGUCAGGAGACGGCGCAUACAUCGCGAACAGAUCUUCAGUCUGUUUCCCAUCAACCGAACAGUGCUACAUCCAACUCCAACCCGGAAGUGGAGGCGGUUGCGUAACAUCCGGCCCUUUCAAAGAGUAUGCCACAGCCUCCCACCUCUCCUCAUCCCAACAAAGCCAACUGCUAACACCCUCAUCCAGCUGGAAGAUCAACCUCGGCCCCCUCGCCGCCGUCUCCCUCCCGCCUCCCACCCCAAACCCCCAACCCAACGGCCUAGGCUACAACCCACGCUGCCUCUCCCGCGACAUCUCACUGCAAUCCUCCGCCGAAACCCGCGACUCCGUCGUCGCCGCCCUAAUCAAAGACAACACCACCAUCACCUCCUUCCAAACCGUGCUCGGCGGCGAAUUCGCCCAGGGCAAAAUGGGCCCCCAUGUCGGCGGCCACAACACCAUCGGCGGCGACGCAGGCUCCGAUUUCAUCAAUUCGCCUGCGGAUCCGGCGUUCUUUGCGCAUCAUGCCAUGGUGGAUAGGGUGUAUUGGACGUGGCAGAAUUUGGAUUUGGAAAGUAGGAAAGAGGCGAUUGCGGGGGGGACGAGUGGGGUGGGGGAUCCAGGGGAGGCGGGGACGUUGGAGGAUGUUAUCACGUUGGGGGAGUGGGUUGGGGUUGGGAAUGUGACGAUUAGGGAGGCGAUGAGUACGGUUGGGGGGCCGUUUUGCUAUGUUUAUGUCUAA